UCCGCCCUCCUCUUUAAAUUCCCAUCGGUUCGAGAUCAGAAUGCGUCUCUCUGAUUUCUCCUCUCCUCAGUUCUGUGUCUGACGGAUUGCUGUUUUCAACGAUGUCCAACAAAUCCUGCACUGUUGAGUUUGAUGGUGCUUGCAAAGGAAAUCCUGGAAAAGGAGGCGCUGGAGCAGUUAUACGCAAUGCCAGGGGAGAUGUGGUUGCUCGGGUGAACAAGCCUUUGGGUUUUACUACCAAUAAUGUUGCAGAAUAUGAGGGCUUGAUUGUAGGAAUUGAGAAAGCUACUGAAAUGGGCUACAAAGAGAUUCACGCAAGGGGCGAUUCACAACUUGUCUGUAAACAGGUUGAUGGAAGCUGGAAAGUCGGAAGCAGCAACCUGUUUGAACCUAGCCGAAGGGUCAAUGAUCUGGUCGGAGGGCUGGACGAAUUUGAUAUCAGCCAUGUUCCAAGGGAGUACAACACUGAAGCCGAUCAAGAAGCAAACAAGGCCGCCUACGGCUGAGGUGGGGUAAAGCUUUCAUGGAGUAUUAGCAGAGCAACAAUAGCAGUAUUCACUUGUUAAUACCAUAGUACUUUGUUAAUAUCUCUAUCCUAUAUAGAUAUAUACAUAUGUAGUGUGAUGGAUGGACUGGACCUUUGUGUUUUGCUCUGCGUGUUGAAGAUGAUCCUGCCAUAUGGAACAUAGUUACUUACUUCCUGCUACUAUUCCUAUCAAUGCUCUCUAUAUAUUUUCAAUAUUAAGUUAUUUGCUUUCUUGCUGA